GGCGGAUUGUCAAUUCCAGUCGUACGAUCUGUCAUCAUCGUUCGUACAAUGCGAAAAGGGAAGUUGAAAGAAGUGGGAGAGGGACAUCGCGGAGCCUUAUGAAAUCUAACGUUACAGUAGCUGGCUGGAUAGUCGACACACUGUGAAGUGCCACAGAUUUUGUCCUGGAAACAUCUUUCACAUCGACUAGCUUCCUCUUUUUGGUAGACCCGUGUCAUACUGAUCCCCUUUGUGACAGUCUGCCUCGCAUGACGUAAAGCUACAGGCAGGAGUUACCAGAGGUGUUUUCUACAGUUUUUCACAGUACGUAAGCAUCCAGAGGAAGAGACCGGACAGUGUGACAUGGCAGGUAGAGGCGGAGCUACGCGACCCAAUGGGCCAAACGCAGGCAACAAGAUCUGCCAGUUCAAACUUGUGCUUUUAGGAGAGUCAGCUGUGGGGAAGUCAAGUCUCGUACUUCGCUUCGUCAAGGGACAGUUUCACGAAUUCCAAGAGAGCACAAUCGGAGCUGCCUUCCUGACUCAGACAGUAUGUUUGGACGACACAACAGUCAAGUUUGAAAUUUGGGACACAGCUGGUCAGGAGCGCUACCACAGUCUGGCUCCCAUGUACUACAGAGGUGCCCAGGCAGCCAUUGUUGUGUAUGAUAUAACAAAUGAGGAGUCAUUUGUACGGGCGAAGAACUGGGUUAAAGAGCUUCAGAGACAAGCCAGUCCAAAUAUUGUAAUAGCUCUGGCUGGGAACAAGGCUGAUCUCGCAAACAAGAGAGCACUGGACUUCCAGGAUGCACAGUCAUACGCAGAUGAUAACAGCUUGCUUUUUAUGGAAACAUCAGCAAAGACCUCUAUGAAUGUGAAUGAGAUAUUCAUGGCCAUUGCAAAGAAGCUACCCAAGAAUGAGCCUCAGGCGGCCGGAGCCAGCAGCGGGCGGAACCGGGGAGUGGACCUGACAGAGUCGGCUCAGCCCACCAGCCGUCCCUGCUGCAGUAACUAACCCAGCUUCUUCUGUCCCCCCCCCCCGGCUUCCUGACGUCAACCUCACUCCCCCGAAAUAGCUAAAAGACUCUGUAUAGCUGCAUUUCUAAUACCCUUUUUUUUUUUUGUUGUUGUUGUUUUUUUUUAACUUUUUUUUAAGAAGUGUAUAUCAGUAUAAUGGAUGCAUGUAUCACUACAACGCCUAAAACACAUUUUUAUCUCUUAUUCAGUUGGAAGACUAACCCGAUUUUAAGAAAGAUGAGCGAGCGAGAAACCUGUGAAUGUGUGAUUGUGUCGUGUGUGAAUUUUGAAGUGUGAUUUGCUGAUGAGAAGGUGUAGCCUCAUUUGUCACUUCACAGGGUCGACUGGAUGCAAAUGAUGUUGCUUGUAAUACUCUUUGUGUGCGGGUUAAGUUAUGCUCACAAUCAGAAGAAAACCAAAUUGUUCCCAUCUUGAGACGCCUGGCUUCAACAGUCUGUUGUGAGGCAUCAAUGUAUUGAGACAGUGCCAGGAAAGGACUGAUGUGCAAACCAAGAAUCCCUCCCUCCUCACAUCUGUUGCACAAGAAGACAUCUUCAUCCAAGGCUCCUAAUGAAAAAUGAGGAAAAUAAAUUUGGUACUGUCCAGUUUUUGAAAAACUUGGAAAAUACACACAAAAAAGUCUUGAAGUAUAGAAGAAAAAAACGCCUUCAAACACAUCUGGCUUCCCAUAAUGCGCAACCAUCUGUGGAGCAAUAUGGGCUUGUCACGUUGCCGUACAUCAUAUUGAACAACUAAGUCUUCGUGCUGUGGAAACAUGGAGUUUUGCAAAGUGCGGGAACAUCAGGAACCAACACCCACAGGCCAACAUGAGGCCGGUAUGACAGGAUUUUUUAAAUUUUGGCUUUGCUAUUUAACAAAUGCUUUCAUGUUGCGGCAUCAUCGAGUCCAUCACAGAAGUCCCAUGUUAAGUUUUGACACUGAUAUGGCUUCACAUGGAAAAGAAAAUCAACAGGAAACUUGAAGACUGUUGAACGUCCUGCUUUGUGAGUUGUCUUGUAAAGACUUGAACAUACAACUAGUUAUAUGUUAAACUCUUGUCUUUGUUGAUCCGCUCUGUUUCUGUUCCGGCCAGUAGACCUGCAUUAAUUUGGGUGAUCUCAAUCAAAGGGGGGGAUUGUUUUUUAGAAUAGAGUUCAAACAGCACACAAACAGAGAAUUGGACUACUACCCAUUGUCACAAGUCUGUGCAAAAAAAAUAUACUCUAAUGUUGUUAUAGGGUGCGAUGUUGCAAUGUUGUCUUCUUCCUCCUUUAGUACAGCUUGCAGAGCUCACAAGCUCACCAAGAAAUUAGAGAUUCUGAACAAUUGUACAGUUCAAUAUAGGUCUGCUUAUUUUUAUUUUAUUUUUAUUUUCAUCCUAGACCUUGUCACAAACUGGUCAAAUGUUAAGCAGUGGUGGUCUUUUUAGGUAUAUGUAGUGUUAUUAACAAAAUCCCUCUCUGGUGUCUUGUUACUUUUCUCAGAAAUGGUCCAGGGUCAUGUUUGAAAGGAACUUUUAUUGCAUUGCACAGUGUUGAUCAUGUUUUAAUUAAUGCCCUUCGAUUUUAUAUGACGGACUGUAUUGGACUUGCUAACCUACAGCUCAAUGAAUUUUAAUGAUGUAAAACAGCAUUACUAGUGAUGGGCUGAUCAGUUUUGAGUGUCUGAAUACAACUUAAUAAAUUCAAUAAAGAGG